UAUCAAAAACGUGUACUCCAAGCGAAUACACACUCAGUGUGUGUGAGAACCACUCCCCACACCUAUUCAAACACGAUCUCCCGUAAACCCCACUUGCUUAAUUUUCCAAUUUUCAGCUUUUUUUUAGGGGAGAGUGGUAAAAAUCGAGUCUUUAAUUCACGUGAUCAGAUGGGUUUUUAGGGUGUGAUUUUGGGUUUGUGAAUCAGUGAUUCUUUGGGGGGUUUUAAAGAUUUUGGUGGGAUUUUGAUGGGAUUUUGGUGUGGUGAAAGAAGAUAUGAGAAAGUCUUUUAAAGAUUCGUUGAAAGCUCUUGAAGCUGAUAUUCUGCAUGCCAAUACUCUGGCUUCUGAUUAUCCUAAGGAGUAUGAUGGUGCCUGCCUGCAAAUGAGAUUGUCUUACAGUUCCUGUGCCCAUAUAUUUCUCUUUCUUGUUCAAUGGAGUGACUGUCACCUUGCUGGUGCACUUGGAUUGCUCAGGAUUCUAAUUUAUAAGGCAUAUGAGGGUGGCAAGACGUCUAUGUAUGUCCAUGAGCGAAAAGCUAGUAUAAGAGAUUUUUAUGGUGUGAUCUUCCCCUCCUUGUUGCAACUUCAAAGAGGGAUCAGUGAUAUUGAAGAUAGGAAACAGAAAGAGCUGUGUGCAACCAAGUAUAAGCGAAGAGAGGAGUUGGACAAAGAUAAGCUGAGUGAAAUUGAAAUAGAAAGGGAAGAGGAAUGUGGCAUUUGCAUGGAGAUGAACAGCAAGGUCGUGUUGCCCAGCUGCAAUCACACUUUGUGUAUAAAGUGCUAUAGAGAUUGGCAUUCUCGCUCUCAGUCAUGUCCAUUCUGUAGGGACAGUCUCAAGAGAGUAAAGUCGGGCGACCUUUGGAUCUAUACUGGCCCUUCUGACAUUGUAGACUUGACUGCGAUAGCAAGAGAAAGCAUAAAGAGACUUAUUAUUUAUAUCAAGCAGUUGCCUGUAGUUGCUGAACCGACAGUAGUUCCGUAUAAUUCUCAUUUCUGAUCAGGGUUUCACACAAAUGUUUUGUACAUAUACUGGAUUGUCUUUUAGGAUUCUAUUUGCUUUAUUUAAAUACAAUUAGGACCUAUGCUGUAGUUGGACAUGGUCACUAGUUUUAGAUGAUGUGCAGAGCCAUGUCAGUGUGACAAAUAGAAUUAUGAAAAUACAAAGCAUUCUUUUCUUCUUUCUCCUUA